AUGGCGCUCAAAAACAUCCUCCCGCUACACAAGAAAGACGCGUCCUCGUCGUCUCACAAGCCCACAACCUUGCCGAAAGAUGGUUCUCCUCCAGGCCACCCCACGAGAUCCGGCUUCAUACCUAACCGGUGGCGCAAUGAACUUGUUGCCGCAGCAGCAGAGUUCGCAGGCACCUUCAUGUUCCUAUUCUUUGCGUUUGGAGGAACAAGUGUAGCCAACACGGCAGCGACAUACAGCAAUCGGACAACCUCUGGACAAGCCAACAACAGCAUCACGCAGGCGCCGGACACCAGUGUGCUGCUGUACAUUAGUCUGAUCUUUGGCUUCAGUCUGAUGGUCAAUGUGUGGGUAUUCUUUAGGGUGAGCGGAGGACUAUUCAAUCCUGCUGUGACACUCGGACUCUACCUCAUCGGAGCCAUCCCAGCCAUUCGCGCGUGUCUCUGUUUCCUCUCCCAGAUGCUCGCCGGCAUGGCCGCUGCCGGCGUAAUCCAAGCCAUCAUCCCCGGCCCUCUCAACGUCUCCACAACCCUCGGUGCAGGCGUCUCCGCCGCCCGUGGUGUCUUCCUCGAAAUGUUCCUCACCUCCCUCCUCGUCUUUACAAUCUUCAUGCUCGCAGCCGAGAAGCACAAGGCCACAUAUCUGGCACCAAUCGGCAUCGGUCUAGCCCUCUUCGUGGCAGAAAUGGUCGGUGUCUUCUUCACCGGCGGCAGCCUGAACCCAGCGAGAAGUUUCGGGCCGUGCGUCGUCACACACAACUUCCCUGGCUACCAUUACAUCUACUGGUUCGGACCGCUCAUGGGCACUCUACUCGCGUUCGGCAUGUACCGCAUUGUCAAGCUAGUCGAGUACCAGACUGUCAAUCCAGGUCAAGACUUUGACGACCACGAAGCCGCACUGUUCAAGCCGCCCGAGGACCCGGAGACGGCUUCCCAAGUCGAGCGUCCCAACGUCGCCGCACAUGCCAUGGCAGAUGCCAUGCAACUCGCCAGCAGAACAAACUCUGGUUUCAGCGAGAGCCAGCAGAAUUUCAGCGGCAUAGACGGGAGGCUGGACAGCAGGGAUUCUGAAAAGGAAAAGUCUAUGAGCUCGAGGCGGUCGCCGCGGCAGGAGCAGGAGUUGUUGGAGAGGACGGGUCAUGCACCUGCUGCUAACGGUGAAGACCACGACUGUUAA